CUAUACCCUCUCUCGUAUUCUUUGUUCUUAUCUAUUCUCCGACGCAGCUCUCUCUCUCUCUCUCUCUCUCUCUCCAGACUCCAGACCAGAUGGUUGGUGCUCGAGGAAUUUCGCUUCAAUGUCUGGCUGUGGCGUUGACACUACACGUGGCAGUCAUCGCGGGCGAGUUCUUCAAGCCAUUCAACGUCAGCUACGAUCACCGAGCACUGAUUAUCGACGGCAAGCGUCGUAUGCUUAUCUCCGCUGGAAUUCACUACCCUCGCGCCACCCCUCAGAUGUGGCCCGAUCUGAUUGCUAAGAGCAAGGAAGGUGGGGCAGAUGUCAUCCAAACUUACGCAUUUUGGAGUGGACAUGAGCCAGUCAGAGGACAGUAUAAUUUUGAAGGGAGAUAUGAUAUCGUCAAGUUUGUGAAGCUAGUGGGAUCCAGUGGACUCUAUCUUCAUCUUCGAAUAGGUCCAUAUGUCUGCGCUGAGUGGAAUUUCGGGGGCUUCCCUGUAUGGCUACGUGAUGUGCCUGGCAUAGAAUUUCGUACAGAAAAUGCACCCUUCAAGGAGGAGAUGCUGCGUUUUGUUACGAAGAUAGUGGAUCUGAUGCGAGAGGAGAUGCUCUUCUCAUGGCAAGGUGGUCCAAUCAUAAUGUUGCAGAUUGAGAACGAAUAUGGAGAUGUUGAAGGCUCUUACGGACAGGGAGGGAAGGAAUAUGUUAAGUGGGCUGCUAAAAUGGCCGUUGGGCUCCGUGCUGGUGUUCCAUGGGUCAUGUGCAAGCAAGUUGAUGCUCCAGAAGAUAUUAUAGACGCCUGCAAUGGAUAUUAUUGUGAUGGUUUCAGGCCAAAUUCCUACAAGAAACCGACACUUUGGACAGAGAAUUGGGAUGGAUGGUAUACAACCUGGGGUGGAAGAUUGCCACAUAGACCUGCUGAAGACCUUGCUUUUGCUGUGGCUCGCUUUUUUCAGCGUGGAGGGAGCUUUCAGAAUUAUUACAUGUUUUUUGGUGGGACAAACUUUGGUCGGACUUCUGGGGGCCCAAACUACAUCACGAGUUACGAUUAUGAUGCUCCACUUGAUGAAUAUGGAUUACUGAGACAACCUAAAUGGGGGCACUUAAAGGAUCUGCAUGCUGCUAUAAAGCUUUGUGAACCUGCUUUAGUUGCUGUUGAUUCACCCCAGUAUAUAAAAUUGGGACCAAAGCAGGAGGCACAUGUGUAUGGUACAAAUGUUCAUGGUGAAGGCCAGAUCUUGACCUCGUUGGAAAAGAAAAGCAGAUGCUCCGCGUUUCUUGCCAAUAUUGACGAACAUUAUUCGGCUACUGUGACAUUCUUUGGUCAUGUAUAUACGUUACCACCAUGGUCAGUGAGCAUAUUACCAGACUGCAGGGAAACAGCUUUCAACACCGCAAAGGUUGGAGCUCAGACCUCCAUUAAGACAACAGAAUUCAGUUUGCCAUUUUCCACAAAUGUUUCCAUACCGAGUCAGGAUAAAGUUUCACUUAUCUCGGGAACCUGGGUGACUGUUAAAGAACCAAUUGGUGCAUGGGGUGAAGACAAUUUCACCGUCAGAGGCAUAUUGGAGCAUUUAAAUGUGACAAAGGACCGUUCUGAUUAUUUGUGGUAUAUGACCAGAAUAUAUGUUUCUGAUGAUGACAUGUCAUAUUGGGAGGAUAAUUCAGUUGAGCCUGCACUAUCAAUUGAUAGCAUGCGUGACUUGGUGCGCAUAUUCAUUAAUGGGCUAUAUGCAGGAAGUAAAGUUGGCCAUUGGGUUAAGGUGGAACAACCCAUUCAGCUUAAGCAAGGAUACAAUGACUUAGUGUUAUUAUCUGAGACAGUUGGCUUGCAGAACUAUGGAGCGUUCUAUGAGAAAGAUGGGGCAGGGUUUAAGGGUCAAAUUAAGCUUACUGGGUUUGUAAAUGGGGAUAUUGACCUCUCUGACACAUUAUGGACUUACCAGGUUGGGCUUAGAGGUGAGUUUCUACAGAUAUAUAGUUUGGUUGAAAAUGAAACGGCUGGAUGGACUGAUCUGACACUUGAUGCAAUUCCAUCCGCAUUUUCUUGGUACAAGGAUUUGUCUGUUCAAAGAGGCGUGUCUAGUCCAAAGCAACAUAUCUUCCGCAAAGGGUAUUCUGUUUGGAAAGAACCAGCAUAUUUCAAAGCGCCUGUUGGGAUGGACCCAGUUGUCCUUGAUUUGAGAAGCAUGGGAAAAGGCCAGGCAUGGGUCAAUGGCCACCAUAUAGGAAGAUACUGGACUAGGGUUGCCCCAAAAGAUGGAUGUCAAAGGACUUGUGACUAUCGUGGUCCUUACAAUUCAGAAAAGUGCACCACAAAUUGUGGCAAGCCUACACAGAUCUGGUACCAUGUACCAAGAUCCUGGUUACAGACAUCCCAUAAUUUACUUGUCCUCUUUGAGGAAACAGGAGGGAACCCACUUGAGAUAUCAAUCAAGUCACACUCGACCAAGGUCAUUUGUGCACAAGUGUCAGAGUCCCAUUUUCCACCUCUCCGAGCGUGGUCCCAUCCAGAUUUUGUCAAUAGAAAAGUAUUAGUAAGUGAGAUGAUCGCCGAAAUGCAUUUGCAGUGUGAUGAUGGCCAUAAGAUCUCCUCCAUUCAAUUUGCUAGCUAUGGAACUCCCAAGGGUAGCUGCCAAAAGUUUUCCAUAGGCAACUGCCAUUCACCAAACUCUUUGUCUGUGGUGUCUCAGGCAUGUGAAGGAAGAAAUAGCUGUUCCGUUGGAAUUUCUAAUGCCAUGUUCGGAGACGAUCCUUGUCAUGGCACUGUCAAGACGUUAGCAGUCGAGGCCAGAUGUGUGCCAUCACCAAGCAUUGGCUUCUCAGCUAUGAAGUGAGAAGCAGGUGAUGUGAUGAAUGGAACUCAUAGCUUAUCUGAUCUAAAUGAACGCCUUUAGGGUUUGUGAAAGUUGCAUUCCAUACACAGGUUAUGUUGUUUCGAAUGUUCUUUCAUAACAUAGUUGUGGGAGAGCUCAGAUUGGAUUCAAUUUGGGGCAUGAUGUUAUAUAACCUGUUCUAUUUGAAUCCAAAUUAUGGAGCUUGUGAAGAAGGCAAAAGCAAAUCUAUGUUUGCUGGUAUGGGUCAUUGAUGUGUAUACUAUAGGAACAUGUACCAUAUUUAUCUUUACUGGCCUAAGCGUGUGUAAUCGAUCUCAUCUUCCUUUGAGAA